ACAGUGUAACUUGACGUGACUGACUUCUGUCAUGUGAAACUUCUUUUUAUCAAGUACUGUCAAGCUCAGUAAACUUGCUGGACUCGGAGCAUAUUUUUCUGUAUUAUUUAAUUAUAUAUCAAUUAAAGAUCUAUUUAAACUUUCAAAUAUCGUUGAGAAUAAGUAGGGCUUGUAUUUAUGUGUUAAUCAACAAAUAGCUUAAUGUGUUAGAUAGUAAAAUGGUAUCAAACAAAAUGCAGUCGUCAUUGGACGAUUUAGUUCAAUAUACACAACUUUUUAAACCGGUGCCUACUGUUUUACAAGGGACUGUGUUGCCUUUUUUGAUUAUUUAUCCCAUAGUGUUUUAUUCUUGGAUCGUGGUGUAUGGAUUCGAGGAGAAUUUCGAAGCAGGUUUCGUGACUGUUGCUGUUCUAGCCACGAUUCAAAUUCUCAUAUGUUUGUGCUGUUAUUGGAGUGUACACAUUCAAUGUUUCCUUUCUUGCUCUGCGGCAAAAGAUCCAAUUCAGGCGGAAAUUGUGAAAGUAGUUCCGACGUCAAAUAAUGGAUUUUCAGAAAUAGUUAAACUUCAUCACACCAAGUCUGCAAGAAAAGGCAGCACAUAUCCUGAUGUUUGGUUUAUAUUUCAAAAAAGCAAAUAUGUUUAUGAUUGGGAUAAAAAGGUGUUUUCUACUGUGAAUUUCCCAGUUAAUAAUACGUAUGAAGAGUAUAUGGAGUCUAAAGGUUUCUCAGAUGAUGAAGCUAUUGAUACUGCAGAAAAGGAAUAUGGCAAAAAUGAAAUGAUAAUGGUUGUACCAGAAUUUAUGGAGCUGUUUAAGGAAAGAGCUACUGCCCCAUUUUUUGUAUUUCAAGUGUUUUGUGUUGCGUUAUGGUGCCUUGAUAAGUACUGGUAUUACUCUAUCUUUACACUUGUGAUGCUUGUUAUGUUUGAAUGCACUCUUGUUCAGCAGCAGUUAAGAAAUAUGGCUGAAAUAAGGAAAAUGGGGAAUAAACCGUAUAAUAUCAAUGUUUAUAGAAAUCGACGGUGGCGUCAGAUAAUGAGUGACCAAUUAGUUCCUGGAGAUAUUGUAUCCCUCACAAGAUCUUUAAAUGAAAAUCUAGUACCAUGUGAUUUAGUCCUUUUAAGAGGUUCAUGUAUAGUUGAUGAGUCUAUGUUGACUGGUGAAAGUGUGCCACAAAUGAAGGAACCUGUGGAGAAUGAAAAAAAUCUAAAACAGAAUCUUGAUCCUGAAGGUGACGGUAAACUACAUAUGCUGUUUGGAGGCACAAAAAUUGUUCAACAUUCAUCACCAAGUAAAAGUGUAUCUUCAGCUCUAAAGGCUCCUGAUAAUGGUUGUAUUGGUUAUGUAAUCCGAAAUGGAUUCAACACAUCACAAGGGAAAUUAUUAAGAACAAUUUUGUUUGGUGUGAAAAGGGUUACUGCUAAUAAUCUUGAGACAUUUGGAUUUAUAAUGUUCUUGUUGAUAUUUGCAAUAGCAGCAGCUGCUUAUGUUUGGGUAAAGGGCUGUGAGGACCCAGAGAGAAACAGAUAUAAACUAUUUUUGGAAUGUACCCUAAUUUUGACUUCUGUUGUUCCACCUGAAUUGCCCAUAGAACUAUCAUUAGCAGUUAACACAUCCCUCUUGUCAUUAUCAAAGUUAGCUGUGUUUUGCACAGAACCCUUUAGAAUACCAUUUGCUGGUAAAGUAGAAAUAUGUUGUUUUGAUAAAACUGGCACACUUACAAGUGAUAACUUAGUAGUAGAAGGAGUGGCUGGCAUUGGGGAUCAUAAAGAUGCAACGGUAAUACCUUUAUCAGAGGCUCCUAUUGAAACUAUCCAAGUUUUAGCCACAUGUCACUCCCUAGUGCAGUUGGAUGAUGGUAUAGUUGGUGAUCCUUUGGAAAAGGCUACAUUAAAAGCAGCAGAGUGGAACCUUACAAAAGGUGAUGCAGUAGUUCCAAAGAAAGGGAAAUCCCCUGGCUUAAAAAUAGUUCAUAGAAAUCAUUUUUCAAGUGCUCUUAAGAGAAUGUCUAUAAUAGCUGGUUAUCAAGUUAAUGAGAGAGGAUUUAUGGAGACUCAUUAUAUAAGUAGUGUUAAAGGAGCACCUGAAACAGUCAAAACUAUGCUUAAAGAAGUUCCUAGUCAUUAUGAUCAUGUUUAUUUAACAUUAUCCAGAAGGGGUGCCAGGGUUUUAGCACUGGGCUAUAGAAAUUUAGGAAAGUUAAGUUCACAAGAAAUUAGAGAUUUAUCAAGAGAAGACAUUGAGUCUGAUUUAACAUUUGUAGGAUUUGUCAUUAUAUCAUGUCCAUUGAAGAGUGAUUCUAAGAAAGCAAUAGCUGAAAUAGUACAUGCAUCACAUUCCGUUGUUAUGAUUACUGGUGAUAAUCCUUUGACUGCAUGCCAUGUGGCUAAAGAAUUAAAAUUUACACAGAAGAGUGAAGUGCUUAUUCUAACUCGAGAUGAUAAUGAAUGGAGUUGGAAUUCAAUUGAUGAAGAAGUGAAAUUACCCAUUCAACCUUUCAAAACAUCAAAACAGUUGACUUCGAAAUUUGAUUUAUGUAUUACUGGUGAAGGUUUAACAUUUCUUAAUGAACACCAUAAAAAGUUUUUAAUUGAAUUAAUGCCUCACAUCAAAGUGUUCGCCAGAUUUGCUCCAAAGCAAAAGGAGUUUGUUAUAAUAACGUUGAAGGCUUUGGGUCAUGUUACGCUUAUGUGCGGGGAUGGUACAAAUGAUGUCGGCGCUUUGAAACAUGCUGAUGUGGGGGUAGCUAUCCUAGCGAACGCUCCCGAGCGUCCUCGUGAGAAGCCAAAAGAGGAACGGUCAGUAGAAUCAGUGGAGACGCGCGAAGUGACGCGGCGUCCGCCCGGCAGUCGUAUCGAUGCCCGCGCUGAAGCACGAGCCGAAGCUGCCGCUAGAUUACGACGCGCCAUGAAGAAACUCGAGGAAGAAGAUCAGCCACAAUUGGUGCGGUUGGGUGAUGCUAGUGUUGCCGCACCAUUCACCAGCCGUCUCUCCAGUAUUCUUUGCAUUUGUCAUAUAAUCAAACAAGGUCGCUGUACUUUAGUUACGACGUUGCAAAUGUUCAAGAUAUUGGCUCUGAAUGCUCUAAUCCUGGCCUACAGUCAGUCUGUGUUGUACCUCGAUGGGAUUAAGUUCAGCGAUACACAGGCUACACUGCAAAGUUUGCUGUUAGCUUCCUGUUUCCUUUUCAUCUCUAGAUCAAAGCCACUGAAACAAUUGUCAAAGGAGCGCCCCCUACCGAACAUCUUCAACGUGUACACGAUCAUGACAGUGCUAACACAGUUCGCUGUGCACUUCCUGUGUCUAAUAUAUCUAGUGCACGAAGCCACUGCAAGGUCUCCUGGCAGAGAUACUAAACCAAAAUUAGAUAUGGAUUUGGCCGAAGACGAAGAGCAUGAGUUUGCGCCGGAUUUACUGAACAGUACUGUCUACAUCAUUUCAAUGGCAUUGCAAAUAUCCACGUUUGCUAUCAAUUACAGGGGCGAGCCGUUUAUGGAGGGAUUGCGAGACAAUAAGCCGCUACUAUACAGCGUGCUAGCGUCCGGGGGCGCGGUACUAGCACUAGCCGCUGGAUUGUUCCCGGAUCUCUCCAACACAUUCGAGAUCGUAUACUUCCCACCAGAUUACCGAGUGAUAUUAGUGCAAGUGUUGAUAGCUGACAUGGUGUUCGCAUACUUGGCUGAUCGCAUGUGCCUGUUCCUAUUCGGUGAAGGGCGCAACCGCAACGUGACGUAACACGCACCAUUCCUUCGAAUAUAGCCCGUAUUAUGUAAAUAAUAAAGUGAAAUUUGGUAUGUCAGUUGAGACUGCUCAAAUAUAACGUGCAUUUAAUUAUUAUUUGUGUGCAGUGUUUAUGUAAUAAAUGAUAUGUAGUUAUUU